UAGCCUUUCCUAAAUUUUGACUCCCAUGUGUUUUAUGGAUACCAUAACUUGUGUUUUGUCCUCAGAUAUUGGACUUCCAUCUGGAAAGUCACUUUUCCAACUCCAAGCUGAACGGAUUUUGUGUGUUCAAAAGCUGGCUGCUCAAUCUAGUGAAAGUCCGAGUAACACUGUGCCAAUCCACUGGUAUAUAAUGACAAGCCCCUUUACGGAUGCUGCCACUCGCAAAUUCUUUGAAACCCGUAGAUAUUUUGGCUUAGACGCUGACCAAGUGACAUUUUUCCAACAAGGCACACUUCCAUGCAUUUCUGCUGAUGGUAGAUUUAUUAUGGAGACACCAUAUAAGGUAGCAAAGGCUCCUGAUGGCAAUGGUGGAGUUUAUGCUGCACUGAAGUCCAAAAAGUUGAUGGAAGAUAUGGCUGCACGUGGUGUGAAAUAUGUAGAUUGCUACGGAGUAGACAAUGCACUGGUUCGUGUUGCAGAUCCAACAUUCUUAGGGUACUUCAUUGACAAAGGUGUAUCCUCUGCUGCUAAAGUGGUUAGGAAGGCUUAUCCACAAGAGAACGUAGGGGUAUUUGUUCAACGAGGUCGUGGUGGACCUCUCUCUGUGGUUGAGUACAGUGAAAUGGAUGCAGCUAUGACUACUGAAAUUAAUCAAUCAACAGGGCGCCUUCGCUAUUGUUGGAGCAAUAUCUGCCUGCAUAUGUUCACUUUGGACUUUUUGAACCAAGUGGCAAACAGCCUUGAAAAGGACAGUGUAUAUCAUCUAGCUGAGAAGAAGAUUCCUUCCAUCCAUGGGUAUACAACAGGCCUGAAGCUUGAACAGUUUAUAUUCGAUGCUUUCACUUACUCCCCAUCCACAGCACUUUUUGAGGUCAUGCGGGAAGAGGAAUUUGCACCAGUAAAGAAUGCCAACGGCGCAACAUAUGACACCCCUGAUAGUGCGAAACUCAUGCUGCUCCGUCUCCAUAGUAGAUGGGUCGUCGCUGCUGGCGGCUUCUUGACACAUUCUGUGCCCUUGUAUAUGACAGGCGUCGAAGUUUCUCCGCUUUCCUCCUACGCUGGAGAGAACCUGGAAGCAAUCUGCCGUGGGCGAACAUUCCAUGCGCCAAGUGAGAUAUCGUUUUAGGUAGGGCUGUUCAUGACAGCAAGAGCUGUGUAACUGCAAAGCGAAUUUAAAGGAUUGCAGGAUGUGCAUGUUCCCUUUCUAGGCAAGAGAUGGGUGUGGAUGGACAGGUUGUUGUAUACUUGUAUGUCAUGUAAUGUAGCCCCCGAAUUCCGAAUUCAUCGUGAGUUUUCUCCCCA